AUGAUUGAAGAAGCUGCUGGUACCAGGAUGUAUGAAUGUAAGAAACUUGCUGCUCAAAAAACAAUUGAGAAGAAAGAAGCCAAGCUUAAGGAAAUACAGACGAUUCUGGAAGAAGAAAUAACUCAAACCAUCCACAAACUAAAAGAGGAAAGGUCUUCUUAUUUGGAGUACCAAAAGAUCAUGCGAGAAAUAGAACAUUUAAGUCGUCUCUAUGUUGCCCACCAGUUUGUUUGUGCUGAAGAGACCAAAGUGCGCUGUGCAGAAGAAUUAAAUGAAAUGCAGGAAUCAAUACUUAAGCUUCAGGAAACGAUUGGCUGAGAAUGAGAAAAAAGUGAAGGAGCUAGCCAAUGAAAUCUCACAGAUUGAGAAAACGAGAGAUCAGGAAGUUGGAGGACAACUGCGUAUAUUAGAAGAAACCCUCGCUGAGGCACAGAGAACUGAUGCCAAGGCACAAAGCACCCUGGACCUCAAGAAACAAAAUAUGAAAGCUGAAGAGAAAAAAUGCAAGGAGUUAGUGAAGAGCAUGGACGAGGAUGCCAAGGCUUUAGGUGGCAAAGAGAAAGAAGUUAAGAAAAUAACAAACAG